AUGGGCGGAAAGGUCUGGUCUGAAGAAGAAGAGCGCAUCUUUUGGGAACUUGUUAUUCCUCGGUCAACAGUCGCUGCCCAUCCACCAUCGGAUCCUGCUGCCCAGCCUCUAAGUUGGCCCGACUGUGCACAAUGGAUGAACGAGAUGGCUGGCGACAACCCUCGCCGGAUAUACACCAGUACCAUGCUCUAUGAGCAUCACUACCAAAACAUCAAGCCUGGUGCCAAGUCUCCGAGGGCAGUUCGAUUCGCUCAGAAAUAUCUAAGUGAUUGCGAGUAUUACAAAAAGCACAAUUCUCCUCGUCCUCCUAGUCCUCCUCGUACUCUGACACCUCAAGACCCUCAACUAGCCGCUCUUCUAGAGGAACAGUCGAAGCCUAAGAGCCGACGGCCACGCCAAGCAGCUCGUACUCGACAGCGAAAUGUCGUGCCUCAUCCUGGUCUGCCGCCUUCCCACGGGUCUGAAGAUGACCUGACGCUUUCUCACACGUCUAUGGGUGAAUCCAGCGGCCAUAGCACACCUACUGAGCCCAGAUCUUACACAUCUAUGCCGGCCAACGGACCUGGACAAUACGCAUUAGGAGAGAAUCGAAUUCCUGCUCAUACCGGCUUCGACAUCCAGUAUCAGCCCGACCGUCGACCGAUGCUUAAACCCGAAUGCACUACUAGACCUGCUGCAUUCUUAAAUCGGUCUGGGAAGCCUGUUGAAGGUGGACACUGGCGGCUAGCGCCCCGAAAUCAACAGAACGGAAGACCCAGGGAAUCAAUGACUAUGACCCCACUAAGCACCAAUAUCCAGCCUCGGCAAUCGCACACGCCACAGCAAACACCAUGGACUAGACCAGCUCCUCCGCCUAUUCAACAAUCAUCUGUGGAAUCUCUGGAGGAGUGGAACGGAAAGCUUCCCUCAAUUCGGCAGAUGCUUCCUUUCGUAGAUUUCGGACAGCCAACUUACCCUCCCUUCGCCUAUGACACAACAAAUCGAGCUGGCAAGCGUGGUCAUUACGAUGAUCAGAACUGCGAUCCCACGCCUAAGCGUCGAAGACUUCCUGACCAGCCUGUACUCCGUCAGUGCGACCAACAGACACCUCAGCAGCGGGACGGAAGCAGUAAUAAGUAG